GUAACAGCUUUUAUGGAUUUGCCUACAAUUUGGCUACACAGUUUUGCAGGAUCGGCUGACCUGAUUUGAUAAGGUGUUAACAAAGAUGAAGGACGACCCUGUGUAUGACUACCCCGACCCCCAGUCGCUGGGUGAAAAGCAGCCAUGCCCUCAGCGUGCUUCCCUGAAACGUAUCAGCGUGCUGGACCGCCUGCUCCUCACACACCCUGUGUGGCUCCAGCUGUCCAUCAAUUCAGCCACUGCCCUGCACAUCCUUCAGAGAGAGCCCCCAGGGACGUUCCUGGUACGGAAGUCCAACACACUCCUGAAGAAGGUGCUCUGUGUGCGGUUGGCAGAUGACAGCAUCCCCUCCUUUGUUAAACAGUUUGUCAUCCUCGAGGAAGACUCCACCUUCUCUCUAGAGAAUUCUGCCAUAAGCUUCCCAGACCUUUGCAGACUCAUUGCCUUCUACUGCGUUAGCAGAGAUGUCUUACCGUUCACUCUGGAGUUACCUGAGGCCAUAGCCAAGGCCUCGUCCCACAAGCAGCUGGAGUCUAUCUCACAUAUGGGUGUAGAGUUCUGGAGUUCUCAGUUAAACUUUCGUGGCCCACGUAAUGGACCAUCAGUGUCUGACGCAUCCUUGCCCCGAAGCCCAGCCCCACCAGACAUCCACGCUCCCCAGGAGAACCCAACUCUGUUCCAGGAGUUCUGCCCGCUCCAGACACGGAGCCCACUUGAGCUGGAUUUGGGGGCGGGGAAGGGAGCUCUGUGUUUUAUCAAUCCACUGUUCCUGCACGAACAUCCUGGCCGCAGUACCAUUCAGAGAUCCAACCGCCUUAAACAGAGCUUCAAGGUGCGUGUCUCCACGGAAACGUCUGGCCCAUUGUCCCCCCCAGUCAUUCCGCCUCCCCCACCACCGCUGCUGGCCAAAGCCAAAAACAGAAAGAAGGCAGCGCAGGGAACAGUCACCAGUGGGGUGGAUGCCAAAGAGGAGGUAGAGGAAAAAGCAGCACCAGCUCAGGAGGAGGACUCAGACUACAUGCACCCUAGCUUGGUUCUCCCCAAGAAGCUUACUCCUAUGACCAGUCCUGCUCUCUCUCCCACUGUUGAGGAGGAUGACUACCAGAUGCCCAAAGCUCUCUUGCAGGCUCGAGAGAAAACCCAAAGGGAGAAAAGAGAGAAAGAAGAGGAAGACCAGGAUGAAGAGGUUGGUCUGGUAUUGGAGCAGAGUCGAGCUCCAUCCCUGAGUGAGCUGGACAGUAGCAGUUCCUUUAGCAGCCUGGAGGAGGCGGAAGAGAGCCCAGAGAGCGUAGCGAUCACAGAAAUCAUCAACAAUCCCUGCACAGAAAACCCAGCAAAGCCUCGGCAGUCCCUGUCCGCCCUACGCAAGAUGAGCGCCGCCUUCAUGUCGUUCUUUGUACCAGAAAAACGUGUAGCUCUGCUGUUGGAACACUUGUCGCGCGAUCGUCAGACAGCGUUCGGCUCACUGGUACAGGACUUCCUGACGACACAGAGGGAAAAGCUCAAGUCCCCAUGUUUGACAUCAGCCUCUGAGCUUCUGCAAGGUCUGCGACUCUUUCUCACGCAGGCCAAGGCCUUCCUGCUGGAGUGCGGGGAACUCCAGCCUCCUAUUGAGACCCUGCUGCCAGAGGACGAGCAAGAUCAGGCCCUGGAGAAAGCAAUGUUCCGUUGCGUUCUAAAGCCCCUUAAGAGUCAAAUUGAUGCAGCGCUACACAGCCUACAUGAACAAGACGGCUCUACCCAGAGGAUGAUGGAGAGCUUGAAGAGGGCCAGGGAGGGCUCUCCCAUGGAGCUGUUUGGGGUGCAUGUGGGGGUGCCCGACGCUCACGGCAUUGAGAAGGUGAAACAGAAGUUGUCGCUCAUGUGCCAAGCCUACUCGCCCAUCAACAAAGUGCUGCUGCUUCUGCAGGUCUGCAAACUCAUCUACAAAGCCAUGAGAAAUAACACAGUUGAAACGGGACAGGAAUUUGGUGCAGAUGAGUUCUUGCCAGCUCUCUCCUAUGUGCUAGUGCAGUGUGACAUGCCAGAGCUGUGUCUGGAGGUGGAGUACAUGAUGGAGCUUUUGGAAACCCAGUGGCUCACAGGAGAGGGGGGUUAUUAUCUGACUAGUGUGUAUGCCAGCCUGAGUUUGAUUCAAAGUCAGCCAGAGGCCAUGUCGCCGAGUGGAAUUACACGACAGGUCAGAGACUCCCUGAGGGAGUGGAGCAGUCGUCGCAGAAACAAAGACCACAGCCAGAAAAAACUUCAAGAGAGGUUCGUGAAGGUCCUGUUCCAGGAUGGAGAGCUCAGUGUAGUGAAGACUCUGCAAUGGAGGGACGGAGUCACUGCUGCGGACCUGACCCAGUUGUGCGCUGAGAAGAUUGGGGUGACUGAGUCAGAGGAGUACGCUCUCUACAGGAGGAGUGAGGGAGACGUCCUGCCCCUGGCCCCUGACACACAAAUCCAAGACCUCCAGAACCUCCAGGGAGGCGGUGGGCCUUCCCUUAUCUAUAAACGCUGCCCUAAGGACAGUAAGACGCCCAAGCUGAAGAGAGGAAAUGCUGUGGACAUCACUGAGCUGUCCUGAACUGUCAGUCUCUCUACCUGUCUGUCCUUCUGCUGUGGAGGACACAGUGUGUAUACGUCUAAGACACUGGGGACUUGUUCGAGUCAUUUGCAGUAUCUUCCUUGCUUAGUGAA